UUCCCUCUGCCAACUGGGUCUCCUCCCCGCGGCAACACGGCUUCUCUUCCUCAGCUCGGCGACAGGGGCUUCCCCUCAGCCGCCGCCGCCGCCGCCCCCGUCGCAGCCGCCGCCGGCCGAGCCACGCCGUGCCCGCGGCCCGAGGCCGCCAUGCAGUUUAUGUUGCUUUUUAGUCGUCAGGGAAAGCUUCGACUGCAGAAGUGGUAUGUCCCACUGUCAGACAAAGAAAAGAAAAAGAUCACAAGAGAACUUGUUCAAACCGUUUUAGCACGGAAACCGAAAAUGUGCAGCUUUCUUGAGUGGCGAGAUCUGAAGAUUGUUUACAAAAGAUAUGCUAGUCUGUAUUUUUGCUGUGCUAUCGAGGAUCAGGACAAUGAGCUAAUUACCCUGGAAAUAAUUCAUCGUUAUGUGGAAUUACUUGACAAGUAUUUUGGCAGUGUGUGUGAACUUGAUAUCAUCUUUAAUUUUGAGAAGGCUUAUUUUAUUUUGGAUGAGUUUCUUUUGGGAGGGGAAGUUCAGGAAACAUCCAAGAAAAAUGUCCUUAAAGCAAUUGAGCAGGCUGAUCUACUGCAGGAGAAAACAGAGAAUAUGUAUCACAGCAAGAGUUUCAUUGGGUGUAAGAGAGCGUACUAGAAUACGUGCUGGAGUUCUGACACGCAUCAAAAUGUAGUAGGACCUAUGAAUUCAGUGUGGUUUUUGUCAAGUUUGUUAUUUAUAUUUUAGUAUUACCUGAUAAGUCCGAUUCCAUUAAAUCUUAAGGGAUAGUCCCAAUACUUCCUUUAACUGCUAUUUUCAUAGGGAAUUUUACUCUGCUAGUCAUUCAUCGUUGGGACUUAGAAUUUUAUUUUUCUUUUUUACACAGACUAUUGAAAUAGGUUCAGAGGUUCUUUGACAAAAAAGUAUUAGUAAAUACUGUGAAGCGCUAAUGUCACUGAUAACAGAAAUAGAAUUCCCCUAUGCAAAUGAGAGCUUCCAUAAGAACAUGAAGCAUUUGGGGUUUAUUACAUUAUUUUAACUUGCUGGUUCAUUCCACUGUAUUGAGUGAGGAAGAAGGCACAACUGUCUCUUGAAAGUGUUUAAGAAUUAUCUGAGGAUUAAAAUUUAACUGGUGCUUCUCAGAUACUUUUAUAUUUAAUGGUUCUCAUAUGAGAGAUCUGUCACAUAUUUGAACAGUUUACAUGACUUUGUAGCCUAACAUUUCAAAAUGCUGAAUUUAAUAUUAAAAUGAGGAUAUUUUAGAAGCACUCAAAUGAGCAAUUUUAAACUUUGAAUCACAAGCCUUUUGGCAGGGGUAAAAUCCCUUUGAGAGUCUAAAGAGCCCUGGGCCCUCUUCUCAGGAAAAUCUGCACAGAAUUUUGCCUCUAGUUUUAAGGGGUUUGUGGAGUCCCUAGAAAUCCAUCUCUGGACACUCUAGGCUCAGUUUAAAACCUCACCUCAGGUUACCUCGUUGACAUGAGAAACUUCUAUUUACAUAAAUUUGUAGGCGUAGACAGUUGACAUCUUUUUGGAGAUUUCUUUACAAUCUAUCUUGAGGAUUAUUUAAAAAGUAAUAUCCUCAGUCUUAAAGGCAUUGUCUUUGGAGUUUUUGUUGUUGUUUUUUGUUUUCUUUUUGUUCUGUUUUUUUAAAGCUAAGUGAACCAUUAAAAACCUCCAUUGCUACUUAAAAUACCAAAUGGGUGACUGCUUUUCCACUACUUCUUGGGAAAGAUUUUCCUUUAGGAUCUGUAAAAGAGUUUAUGGUCACCUUAGGAUGUAACGAUUUUCAUUAACGGAUUAAAUUCCUUUACUUUGUGUAAUAAAAUCCUGACAUACUUGAAGACUGGCGGGAGGUAGUGUUCUAAUUGAACUUUCAGUUAACUCAGUACUGACCAGAUGACUUUACACUGAAAAUCUUUUCAGCCUGUUAGUAAAUACAGUGCUUUUGGAUUUUGUAGGACAUAGAUCAUUUUGAUUAUCAUUAUAUGAGGUUUUUAAAAGAGGAAUCUGAACUCCUUUAGCACUGUUUAUAAGCUAAAUAUUCAGCCACAGACCAAAGAACAAAAACAAAAAUUUAAGUUUCCAUUUUCUUUACUGUGCAGUAAACAUUCUAGAAAUCUGAUUGUGUCUCUCAGUUUGUAUACUGUAUAAGAAUAUAUGCAUUUCUU